AUGGCCAACUUGGUUCAUCCUGAGCAAUCUAGCAAGAGACAACCCAACUUUGAAUCUCUUGGUGGUGUUGGGCUGCUGGCUAAGGUCCGCCCAGGCAUCCAGCAGACUUGGUGCGCCUUCGACCUUGGCCCCGAGCGCUUGUUGGAACAUCAGCUUUGCGUUGACUUCUUCCAGAAAAAUAUCCUCGGCCCUCUCCAGCAAUCCGCUCUCGUUAAGGAAGGACUUGCCAGAAUUCUCGUCUUUGUCGUUAAGGAAGGACUUGUCGGAAUUCUUGUCUUUUUUGUUAAGGAAGGACUUGCCGAAAUUCUCGUCUUUGUCCCCAGUUACUUCAACUUUGUUAGAGCAUCUGCAUCGGUUGGCUAUUUCCGCUUGAGCUAA